AUGAAAAGCGGAAGACAGCAACAGCAACAGCAACCUCACAGCGCAAGCAAUUCAAGAGAUGUGGAGCAAGUGGGACGCAAUUAUCGAUCAGCCUUAUCCGAGCUCACAUUCAACAGUAAACCCAUCAUCACCAAUCUGACAAUCAUGGCACAGGAGAACCAAGGCGCAGCAAGUGUCAUUGUGAAGGAAAUAGAGAAUCAAUUAAGAAAUAAUGCUGCUGGACAGAAACUUCCUGUACUAUACCUCAUUGAUUCUAUUUGUAAAAAUGUUGGUGGUGUCUAUAUUACAAACUUUUCUAGAAACAUGGUCAAUGUCUUUUUGGACGCGUAUGCACUGACGGAUCCCACUGUGCGCAAAAGUUUUGAAAGGUUGCUUCAAACUUGGAAAAAUGGCAUGCCUGGUGGCCAUCCUGUCUUUCCUCGCCACAUUAUCGAGCCAAUUGAAAGAUCUAUCAUGUACAUCCGCGAAAAGACGCCAAGCUCAAGACAUCCCCAUGCUCCUCCCAAACACACGGGUUCACCUGUCAACAGGCCUUCACCAUCAAAUGCUGCUGCUGCUGCUGGUAUUCAUGUGAAUCCAAAUUUCAUAAACAAAGAAUCACAUCGAGUGAGUAGAGAUCCUCGCAACAGAAGUCCUCAAAUCACCGAGAAACACCCAGCACCCAUGUCUUCAUCGAGUCUCCUUGAUCAACUGCAAUCCUUGCUACCCAAGAGCAACACUGUCAAUAGCACUGCAAACUUGCUUACUACAAACAAUGAUCCUGUAACACAAAUCAUAAGCCAAAUCAAGGCCAUCUUGCCUACGCUGCCUCCAGCACAAGCAGCUUCCAUUGAGCAAUACCUUGCACAGAUAGCCAUUGCUUCUCCUUCGCAAAAGCCAGCCAACUUGCCUGUAGUAUCCACGCCUUCGCCCACACUGGUCAACCCAAGAGUGCCUUUCUCAACAACACAUACGCCUACACCGCCACUAGUAGCCAAUGUGUUGAGUCCAGCUAUACCACCACUACCCGCCUCUCCAUUAACAAAUCAACAGACCAAAGUGGAUACAGCUGAUUUGUUAAAAAGUCUAACAUCGAUGGGAUAUCUUAGUCCUUCUUCUGUUGUUGCUAAUAAACCAUCCGAUGAUCCUCAGGUCUUGUCAAUGAAUCGAUUUGGACCCUUUAUCCUGGAUUCAAAAGAUUUACAAAUUGCUCGUCCUGGAGCUGUUGAGCUAUUAUAUUCGGCUGAACCCCUUCAAUGUAAGCAAUGCGGAUUCAGAUAUCCCAAGACUGAGAAGGGCCAAGCCAAGAUGGACGCUCAUUUGGACUCGCAUUUCAGACAGAAUAGAAAGAUGAAGGAAAGAGUGAAACGCGGUUUGUCUCGUUCGUGGUUUGUUACUGUGGAUGAAUGGAUCAAUGGUGAAGGUGGCGAGCUCAUGAGCCAACAGGCACCUGCUUUCCUGCACGACGGCAUGGGACAUGUCAAUCAAAAGUCUGUCGAAAAGUCAAAUCAAGCCUCAGGAGAAGAUGCCAUUGACCCCAACCUGUACACUGUGAUUAUGCCUGACGAUGACAGCCGAAAGCCAUGCGCCAUCUGUGGAGAACGCUUUAUCGAUUUUUGGAAUGACGAUGAAGAGGAAUGGAUGUAUAAAAAUGCAAUUUUGGUGGAUGGCAAGAUUUAUCAUGCUACCUGUCAUGCAGAUGCUGUCAAGAGCGGAACACUUGUAGAGGCAGAUACAGACAUGCCAGAUGGAGAUCAAGGUUUGAAACGUAAAGCACAGGAAGAAAGCAGCGAGCCAUCCAAAUUACCUCGUUUUGAGUAA